UGCUGCGCAUGGGUUCGAGACACUGGUACCGAUGACUCAACCACCCAUGAACGUCUACUGCAUUUUAGCCUAAUAUUCUGCUUUACCGGACCGAUCUAUUCUCGAGAUUGCGGUCUCGAACCGGAAUUAUCACGCGCAUUUUGCCAAGCACGGUUGCUAUCUGAGAGCUCCGAGCAUUAUUGUUGCGUGACGCCACCGUCAUCCCAUUCUCGUUUUCGCGACUUCAGCAGCGCCUCCUCCAUUCUUUUUCUAACUUCGGAUGAUUUUCUCUGUCUUCGAUAUCACUGCAUCUUGCCAAUUUCAUCAUCAUAGACGCCCCUCAUAACGAUGCGGGGACUCCGCUCAAUCCCCAUCGUCGCUAGCCUCGGCUCGCUCCUCCUGCCGCAGGCCUUUGCUCAGGGCGAGACCAAAAUUCACGAGAAGGGUCGCUGUGCUAUUCGUGGUCACUGCGGGAAGCAGUCAUUCUUCGGAGGGGAGCUACCUUGUCCUGACAAUGGACUUGCGAAGGAGCCGGAAGCAGCGGUGAGGAAGAAGCUGGUGAGCUUGUGCGGGAGCAAGUGGGAGGAAGGACCGGUCUGCUGUGAAGAUGAACAGGUCGACGCGCUGGCUAAGAACCUGAAACUCGCCGAGGGCAUUAUCGCAUCCUGUCCCGCAUGCAAGGAGAACUUCUUCAACACCUUCUGCACAUUCACCUGCUCGCCGGAUCAGUCCCUCUUCGUUAACGUCACACAAACAGAGGAGAAAAGUCCCGGAAAAUUCCUGGUGACGGAGUUGGACAAUAUCUGGUCAGAAGACUACCAAAGCGGGUUCUACGACAGCUGUAAGAAUGUGAAGAACGGCGCGUCGGGCGGGAAAGCCAUCGAUUUCAUCGGUGGCGGGGCGAAGAACUACAGCCAAUUUGUGAAGUUUUUGGGAGACAAGAAGCUGCUGGGCAGCCCCUUCCAGAUCAACUACCACACGGAGCCAGUCGCGUCAGAUCCCCAGGGCAUGAAGGCUUUGUCCGUCAACCCGAAAUCUUGCAAUGACGCAGAUGAGGCGUUCCGCUGCUCUUGUGUGGACUGCCCGGCCGUUUGCCCAGAGUUACCGGCAGUGGAAACUGACGAUCAUUGCUAUGUGGGUCUUCUACCCUGUCUAUCAUUCUCGGUCAUCCUCAUCUACUCUGUGUUCUUAUUAUUCGUUGUCGCCCUCUCCGGCUACUUCACAUAUAGAGAGCGACGCUACCGCAAGCCCGAACGGGUUCGACUCCUUCAAGAUCCGACUCCAAGCGACGACGAAGAUGAAGCUGAUAUCGUCCAUGCUGGAGGCUACCUCGAACAACCCAGUGGGGUAUACAAGGUAAACACCGCUUUGGACAUCUUGUUUCAUCGCAUUGGUGGUGCGUGCGCUCGAUUUCCUGCAAUUACCAUUGCUUCCAGCAUUGUGGUAGUUGUCUUGCUGAGUCUCGGCUGGCUGAGGUUUUCUGUUGAGACUGACCCUGUACGACUCUGGGUCAGCCCCAGCUCAGCUGCUUACCAAGAGAAGGAAUACUUCGAUACCAAUUUCGGUCCGUUCUACCGGGCUGAACAAGCUUUCGUGGUCAACAAUACCGCGGACGGCGAUGGUCGCGUCCUGAAUUAUGAUACCUUGAGCUGGUGGUUCGAUGUCGAAUCGCGCGUUCGACGGAUGAUUUCGCUGGAACGCGAGCUUAUAUUAGAUGAUGUAUGCUUCAAGCCCACUGGCGACGCUUGUGUAAUCCAGUCUCUGACUGGUUACUUUGGCGGGUCGGUAUCGAACCUCGACCCCGAUACUUGGGAGGAUCGGCUGAAGCAUUGCGCGGAGUCUCCCGGUGACGUGAGCUGUCUUCCAGAUUUCAGUCAGCCCCUCAAACCGGAAAUGCUACUGGGCGGAUAUGAAGAAUCGGGAAAUGUCCUAGAUGCGCAAGCCAUUGUUGCCACCUGGGUUGUGAACAAUCACGCCCAAGGCACCGAGGGCGAGGCAAAUGCCAUUGAUUGGGAAGACAGCUUCAAGCGCAUCUUUGACGUGGUGCAAGAAGAAGCCAAGGAACGCGGUCUUCGCGUCUCUUUCAACACUGAAAUUAGCGUUGAACAAGAACUCAACAAGUCAACCAACACUGAUGCGAAGAUCAUCGUCGUCAGCUACAUCAUUAUGUUUAUAUAUGCCUCAUUCGCUUUGGGCUCGGUUACUGUGACCUGGAGAUCCUUGCUUAUGAACCCUGCCAACGCUUUGGUCCAGUCGAAGUUCACCUUGGGCAUCGUCGGAAUUCUCAUCGUCUUGAUGUCUGUUUCGGCUUCAGUUGGUCUAUUCUCUGCCGCAGGGGUUAAAGUGACCCUGAUCAUUGCGGAAGUCAUUCCUUUUCUGGUCCUGGCUGUAGGAGUGGACAAUAUAUUCUUGAUAGUUCAUGAAUUUGAGCGGAUCAAUAUCAGUCAUCCUGAUGAGGAGAUUGAUGAGCGAAUUGCUCGGGCUGCGGGCCGGAUUGGCCCUAGCAUUUUUCUCUCGGCCAUCACGGAAACAUUCGCAUUCGCACUUGGCGCCUUCGUUGGAAUGCCUGCUGUGAAGAACUUUGCCGUCUAUGCUGCGGGGGCUGUCUUCAUCAAUGCCCUUCUGCAGAUCACCAUGUUUAUAUCGGUGCUUGCAUUGAACCAGAGACGGGUUGAGAGUCUUCGCGCGGAUUGCAUUCCAUGCUUAACCGUGCGGAAAGCACACUCUGGCUUGGCCGACGAUCAGCUCUUUGACGAUCAGGAUGGAGAAGGUAUACUGCAGAGGUUUAUCCGGAAAGUCUACGCACCGUAUAUUCUCGGUCGCAGGAUCAAGGUGUUGAUCGUGAUCUUGUUCUUGGGAAUCCUGACGGCUGGCUUGGCUCUGAUUCCUGAAGUUGCACUCGGGUUAGAUCAACGCAUCGCCCUUCCAAGUGACUCCUAUUUGAUCCAAUAUUUCGACGACCUGGACGCUUACUUCGGAAGCGGGCCUCCAGUUUACUUUGUGACGCGAGAUGUCAACGUGACUGAACGAAGCCAUCAACAACAGCUCUGUGGGCGGUUUACCACCUGCGAGGAGUUCUCGCUCCCCUUCGUGUUGGAACAAGAAUCCAAACGGCCUGGAGUCUCCUACAUCUCUGGGUCCACUGCCAGUUGGAUUGAUGAUUUCUUCUACUGGCUCAAUCCCCAACAAGACUGCUGUAAGGAGGGUGACAAGCUUUGUUUUGAAGACAGAAGCCAACCUUGGAACAUCUCUCUGUAUGGCAUGCCAGAGGGCGCCGAGUUCGUCUACUAUGUUGAGAAAUGGCUUGACUCCCCCACGGACGCCUCGUGUCCCUUGGGAGGAAAAGCGCCCUACAGCGAUGCCCUUGUCGUCGAUUCUAAACGACUCAUGACUAAUGCGAGCCAUUUUAGAACCUCUCACACGCCGCUCAGGAAUCAAGAAGAUUUUAUCAACUCCUACAAAGCUGCUCGUCGCAUUGCAGACGACAUUUCCAAGGAACAUGACAUCGACGUAUUCCCAUACUCCAAGGCUUACAUCUUCUUCGAUCAAUAUGUAUCUAUUGUGCAGCUCACGGGCACACUCCUUGGUUUCGCGGUUGCCAUCAUAUUCGCCAUCACCUCUGUUGUUCUGGGAUCCGCGGCCACCGGAGCCGUGGUCACGGUGACGGUCGUUAUGAUCGUGGUGGAUGUCAUUGGUUCUAUGGCCAUCUCCGGCGUAUCGUUGAACGCCGUGUCGCUGGUGAACUUGAUCAUCUGCGUUGGUAUCGGCGUGGAGUUUUGCGCGCAUAUUGCUCGCGCCUUCAUGUUCCCUUCCAAGGCCAUUCUGGAGAAGGCACCCACCAAGUUCAGGGGCAAGGAUGCCCGAGCGUGGACUGCUUUGGUCAAUGUCGGCGGUAGUGUCUUCAGUGGUAUUACCGUUACCAAGCUAUUGGGCGUGUGCGUCCUAGCUUUUACCCGAAGUAAAAUCUUCGAGAUCUAUUACUUCCGGGUGUGGUUGGCGCUGAUCUUGUUUGCGGCCACCCAUGCGCUCAUCUUCUUACCGGUGGCGCUCAGCUACUUUGGCGGAGAGGGAUAUUCCGACCCCGGAUCCGACGGAGGUCUAGAAGAGAAUCUUGCGUCCCGGGGUUAUCGUUCCCUGCUGGUUGACGACGGUUACGAUUCAGAGGAAUACUAAGAUAGAGAUGGCUCUUCACUGAAGACCGUCGCUGUUUACGGAGUACACCUAGAUACAAUCUGGUGAUUUUCACGUUUUAUGGACCGAUCGACUAAUGACACUACUUUUCUGCGCGUUCAACCCUCGGAAGCGUCAGUCCAAUAGACCCACCUCUCUUGGCUAGCACAAUAUUAUGGCGACUGUCGCGAAUCACAGCCGGAGUUUUAUGGAUCAAAACGGCGUUUGGUAAUCAUGGCAACCGUCGAGUUAGCGGAUUGCUUCCAUUUGUUUCUAAUAUGAGAUUGAAUUUUCUUACCGCUCCUCUUGUUUAUGUACGGAUUCGUCGUAUACCCCUAGUCAGAUGGUAGGUAGACAGACAGUGAAGCAACAACAGCAGGCAACCUGUUUGGCAACGAAUAGCCUCUUUCAGCCCACACGGGUAAAUCGUCAUAGAAUUUUCCAGGGAAAUGCUCUGGUCCGGUGAUUUUUAUGUCGGUUGAGGGAUUUCUUGGGUUUGGCUCAAUUAAUAGUUCCAAUUAGACCCGCUAGACUGUAAACAGCAGAAUAGUACUACAGGUGACUAUGUACCUCACUAACUUGACCCCCUGUUUACCGAGAUCAUCUUAAUCACGGAGGAAAAAAGAGACAAAAAGACGAUAACUAUGAGGAAAGGUAUUGCAAGAACCUACCAGGAAAGGCAUAGAACAGCCCUAAGUCCUAAAGAUGCAACAUGCAACAUUCAAUCGUGCAUUAUUCAGUGUGCGCGGUGGGGACGGAAGAAGAGAAUCGCGGAGUCGCGGUUGGGCAGCGACCACACGUGAAUGCAGAGCGCGCUAAUUCCAGAAGAGAA